GCGUCGCCGGGAAUCGUGUUUCAAGUGACCGGAAACCGGUGUCCCGUCAGGAUGUCCCGCCGGUUGGCCAAGCUGAGCCCGUACGAGCUGCACAAGCACCUGAUCAACGAGUACUUUUUGACGCGGCCCGGGGCGACGCGAUGGCUGCAGCGAGAUUCGUCCCGGGACAAAACGGACCACGACGUGAUCCGGGAGAACCAUCGGUUCCUGUGGGACGGGGAGACGGUCGAUUCGUGGGAGAAGGAGCUGGCCAAGAAGUACUACGACAAGCUGUUCAAGGAGUACUGCAUUGCGGAUUUUAGCCGGUACAAGGAGAAUAAGGUUGCAAUGCGCUGGCGAAUCGAAAAGGAGGUCGUCGUCGGCAAAGGCCAAUUCAUCUGCGGCAGUCGAGCAUGCGAGGAACGAGACACGCUGCGCAGCUGGGAGGUCAACUUUGCCUAUCUGGAACAUGGGGCCAAGAAGAACGCCCUGGUCAAGUUACGAUUGUGCCCGAAAUGUUCGGAUAAGUUGAAUUAUCACUCCAAAAAGCGGGAAAUUAAGCGGUUGAAGAAACGGGAACGUUCGCAGAAAAAGUCUAGGAGAAGCGGUGACACCGAAAUCGAGGAAGACGUUACAGCUGUGGAACAGCAGGAUAAGUCCAAAGAAGACGCACAAGAAAUUGAUCAAGAAAUCAGCAAACCACCAGAAUCGACAAAUGAGCUCGAUUUGCCGAGUGGAUCUUCAACUUCCGCGGAGAAUCUUUGGUCAAAAGGUCCAGAAAUCGAGGAUAAAACGAGGGAAGAGGAAUUCGACGAAUAUUUGGAAGAUUUACUCCUAUAAAAUUUCAGCCUAUUUUCUAUUUCAGCAAUAAAUAAAGCAAUUUAAAGCAA